AAAUUAUUCCAUCCGAUGUAAUGGAAAAUAGAAAUGAAAUGUUAUAUAUCAAUUUUGGAUUUCCGGGUUUGAUUAAUGACCCUCUUAGCUACUUAGGUUCAUACAAUAUAUUUACCAUAAGGUUCUCCAUUCCCGCAGUAUAUGCGUUUCCUGUUAACGAAAACAUGUGGAGUUUGAUAGUUUUUUGGACUUUGAUUUUGGUUUCAACAGGCUCUAAAAAUUUGAAAUGUACAGACCGUCCCGUGGAUCUGGCUUUUGUUAUCGAUUCCUCAUCCAGUAUCUUUCCAAAUGACUUUGUAAGACAAUUGGAAUUCUUGGAGAACCUCACCGAUGAAUUGGAAGUUGGUACUUUGCUUAACCAGUCCAGGGUUGGGGUAAUUUCUUACAGCGAUGAACCGAAACUGGAAUUCACUCUGAAUGAUUACACCGAGAAAAAGGACGUUGUCUCCGCCAUAAGAAGAAUAAAUUAUCUGUCUGGUGGUACGAACACUACAGCUGCCAUCAAUUUAGCUGUUGACAAGAUUUUCACAGAAGAGAAUGGUGCCAGGAAAGAGGCAGACGACGUAAUUGUUGUUAUUACUGAUGGAGAGAGCUUCUCGGAGAAUGAAACAAAAGCAGCAGCCCUGCAAGCGAGAAAGUUGGGAAUCGUCAUCUUUGCGAUCGGCAUUGGACCCAAUGUAAAUGCAAAAGAGCUGCGUCUGAUUGCAGGAAACACGGAUCAUAUCUACCAAGUGUCCAGCUAUGCAGAUUUGAGAAGUAUAGCAGAUAUCUUGAUUAAUAAGACCUGCGUAGAAAUUAACAAUACAAUAACAGAGAAGACUGAACAGAAAGAUAUCCCACGUAAUAAAACAGGGAUUGUCGAAAGAUGUGGAGGGGAACCAGCUGACGUUCUCUUUCUACUAGAUUCUUCGAGCAGCAUACAUCCUAAUGAUUUUAAGAAACAACUGAGCUUCGUGAAAACGAUAAUCAGCGCAUUUGAUAUCAGCCCCGGAAAGACAGCAGUGGGUGUAUCUACAUUCAGUGAUGAAUUUCAGUUCGUCUUCCACCUCAAUGAUUUUACUACCAAGGAAAGUAUUUUCAAAGCUAUCGACAAUGUUCCAUAUUUGCGAGGCGGAACAGACACUGGAAAUGCCUUUUGGAACGUACGAAAAUAUGGCUUUGAAGUUGCUAGACCCAACAUUGCCCAUAUUUUGAUACUUAUUACAGAUGGUCUAUCACGGGAUCCUUUAGAGACUAUCAAGCAAGCAAACAUUCUUAAAGAAUCUGGAGUCUAUAUAUUUGUCAUAGGCGUUGGGCCCUAUGUAGACAAGAACGAAUUAUUGUCUAUGGCUAACCCUUCGUAUAAAGAUCUUAGUUUUGUUUUCAGCGUGUCCACCUUUGACGCUUUACAAUCUAUUGACAAUCUCCUUGCCACGAGAACAUGCUUAAUUGCUAGACAACAAAUUGGAAAUUAUUCCCUUUGUACCAUGGCGAAACCCGUUGACAUUUUGUUUGCUUUCAAUGCCGCCUCAAUAGGUGAUCAGAACAUUCAACUUAUUUUGAAUACACUUCGGAAAUUUGGGAAUUUACGAUUUCAAAACGAAGCAGAUAUACACCUCGGUAUCAUCUCUGAAUCGUGCGUAUACGGCGGCGACAUUCCUAUACAAAACCCGAACACCAAGUUAAAUGUGUCAUUUGAUAAAAUGACGUCCAUCAUUAAAAAAGUGAAAACACACGGAAUGUCAACAAAGAAUGGUGCUAGAAGCAACACAGUUCAUGUUGUCGUUUUUGUGGUGAACGAACACCUGGAAAAGGAAGAUGAACUGGAUAUCAUUGGACUGGAGACCAUGGUUGACAAAAUUUACGUUGUUUACGUAGGAGACAGUCACAGGAAAGAAAUCUUCCUGUCUAUUUCCUCGCCUACUGUGAAGAUUCUUUCUAUGAUUAACUUCAAUAGUAUAGCAGGACUUUAUGAUUACUUUCUGACGGAGUUGUGUCAAAACAAGCAGAAAUAAGGAUGAGGCAAUAACCUCCUUCCUCCCAAAAACAGAACACAAAAGAAAAACAUAUACUUUAUUUCUGAGUAAAAUAUAUAUCUACAUGUAGCAUGUGUGUAUUUUUCUCUAAUUUAUUAAGCAAUUAAUAAAAUUUACAGUCGAAA